UGCUACUUACACUUCUUGACUUGCUCAUUAUCAAUUUAUCGUCUUCUGCCAUACUGCUACUGCUACAGCUAACACUACUUUCUCUAUCGCAGUUCCUCUACUUGUGGAGCUAUAAAACCCUCUCCUUUUUUCUUGUCUGUCUGCAUUUCUUUAUUCCUCUGCUUAAUACUUCUUAUUGCGAGCCAUGGAUGAGCUGUGUACUUUCCAAUCUGCUGCUAGUGAUUACUCUAUGCAGUUUGUGCCUGAGAAUAUGAUUCCUGCUCCACCUGAUUACCAUGCCUUUCCGUCUCCUGGGGCUUCUUUUCCUGUGCUGGGGUCGGACCAGUUCUUUUCUGGGUCUUCCGUGUCUGACGCUACUUCCAUGGUGGCUGAGAUGCAGAGAGGUGGUGGGGGUGGUUCAGAGGAGUUUUCUAGUUCAACUAGGGCUAAAAUUGCUUCUCACCCUCUUUACCCCAAAUUGAUUAAAGCUUAUAUUGAUUGCCAGAAGGUGGGAGCACCACCGGAGAUGGUCUAUCUGUUAGAUGAAGUCCGGCGAGAAAGUGACCUUUCGAAGAGGUCCCCCGUUGUUCCCUCUUGCCUAGAAGAAGAUCCCGAGCUCGACCAGUUCAUGGAAACUUAUUGCGACAUCUUGGUGAAGUAUAAAUCGGAUCUCUCGAGGCCUUUAAAUGAAGCCACCACAUUUUUGAACGACGUUGAAGCACAGUUAAAUAUCCUCUGCAACAGUUCUUCCAGAACCCAUGUUUCUGAUGAAGCUGUGGGUUCAUCCGAAGAAGAAGGGAGUGGAGGAGGGGUAGAGGUGAAGGAUUGUGUUCGAGCAAAUGAAGAUCGAGAACUUAAGGACAAACUGUUACGUAAAUACAGUGGCUACAUAAGUACCCUAAAGCAGGAGUUUUCAAAGAAGAAGAAAAAUGGAAAGCUGCCAAAAGAAGCAACGCAAAUCCUACUUAAUUGGUGGAAUAUUCAUUACAAAUGGCCAUACCCGACGGAGGCAGAUAAGAUAGCUCUAGCAGAUGCAACUGGGUUAGAUCAGAAGCAGAUUAGUAACUGGUUUAUAAAUCAGAGGAAGCGGCACUGGAAACCAUCGGAGAACAUGCAAUUUACUGUUGCCGACAGUACAUGUGGACCAUUUUUCAUGAAUGACUGAGGACUGCGGUUGCGAAUUUUCCUUUUCAACUUUGGCUCGUUUUGUACAUUCUUGAUCAAAACUCUCUAGCUGAUGCAUGCCAAUUACCACUUCAAUUAUAUCUUAUGUUAAGCAAUUGAAUGUACUAGAAUUAUCAUGAUGAAAUUCAUGGGAAAUUCAUCACA